AUGAGCCCCACCCACUUUCUUAGCCAACACUAAAAAUUAGCUGCAGUUGUAACAAUUAAAGAUAGCUCCAACAAAGAUAUAGCUCUAACUGGAAGCCAGUCAUUUGGUUUGAGUGUUGCACAGAAUAACAAGUUCAAAAAAUGAGUGUCCUAUUAGUAAUUCUAUUUGAAUUCGUGUUGCUCACUGCCUCUACACAAGCACAGCCAUCUUGUGUGCAAUAUUACACACAAGCAGGUGGUUUGUCUCUACACUGUAAGAGCGUCUUCACAUCUUGUGACCAUGUCCUUGCUGUUCAACAACUUUCGCUAGCUGACGCAGAGGGUGAGCUUGAAUCAGUCUUCGAUUUGGCUCAGCUAAGCGUUCAAGCUGGCGAGAUACCACAAUCAUGUUUCACAGGAUUUGUUAACCUGUAUUGUCAUGAAGUCUUCUCAGUGUGUGAACAUGCGGAAUUGACGGUAGAAACUACUGAAUACGUACCAGUCAAUUCAACAUUGUGUGUAGAAGAUUGUGUGGGUGUUAUUGGAACUGAUUGUUCUGUUCAGCAUUGGAGGAUUUUCACAAACAUUAUCAAUGAGCUUCGUAGAAUUAAAAGUAUUAAGUUACCGAGUCUACAGCAAGAGAGUGACUGUAACAGCUCGCUUGCCAUGACAACAAACUGUAUCUCUAUCAAUACUGGCCCGCCCCUAACUGACAGCUGUGUACCUACCCAGCCACCCACAACAGACCCUCCAAGCAACAACAAUGAUCCAAACACUACUCUUAUUGCUGCCGUCUGUUUGGGUGUCGGCAUUCCAGUAAUCUCCUUCUCAGUUUUUGUUUUCCUGAUCAUAUUUUGCUGCUGCCAAAUGAGAAAGCCAAAGAGAAGAGACAGUAUACCACAGUAUCAUGAGAAAAACGGUAGUGUAAAUCCGUUAGAAGAGGCUAUUGAAUUUAAGCUUGAUAUUCCGGACACUGGCCCAAUUAGCGAUCCCGAGUCUGGAAAAAGAGGAACACUAAUGCUGCGAAAAUCUGCUUAUCAGAAUGCCCUGUUUGUUAAUAUGUCACCAAGAUCUAGCACAUUAGCUAAACGCUUGACUAACAAAGAGUACCUCAAUAUGACUCCUAAACAGAGAUUAAACGAAUUGGAGUUUCCUCAUAUUAAUAUUUGUUUGCUUAAAGACCUCUGGGAAACCAAUUUUGGUAUGACAUAUCAAGGCGAGGCGACAGGUUUAGAAGAGAAUGUUGUAUCUACGACCAUUUUCAUAAAAUCUCUCAAAGAGAGGGCAUCUGCUAAAGUCAGGCAGCAGUUCUUGAUUGAGAUGACCUGGGCAUCAGGAUUUAACCAUCGCAAUGUGAUAACACUCUUGGGGGUCUGCCGUGAAGAACCAAUGUUCAUGAUUUACGAGUACCUGGAGUACGGCUCACUAAAAGACUUUCUACAGUCACUGAACUCAGCCUGGUUUAAUUUCGAUGAGGUGUUAAAUGAAACUGCAAGCAACUGCCCUUCUACAAAUGCUUCGCCACUCGGAAUAGAUGAUCUUUGUAACAUUUCUCACCAGAUUGCUGAUGGAAUGGAUUACUUGAGCAAGAAAGCAUUCGUGAUGAAAGACCUUGCUGCUAGGAAUUGUCAGGUUGGGAAUGGGCUGAGCGUGAAGAUAGCCAACUUCGGUCUAAGCUAUGAUCAGCAGUCAAAAGAUUACUGCUGCCUAAGCUCGAGUUCAGCAAAGAGCACCCCACUACCUCUUCGUUGGCUAGCCCCAGAAACCAUUCGUCACAGCAAAUUCUCUGUUUACUCUGACAUAUGGUCAUACGGUGUUGUGAUGUGGGAGGUAUUCACAUUUGGAGCUCGGCCGUAUGACAAGCUCACCAAUGCUCAGGUGGUCCAGCACGUACUGAAAGGAAAGUAUCUUCCAAAGCCUGAUCAAUGCCCUGAUGGUGUGUAUGACCUCAUGAUUAAAUGCUGGUCUAAACAGCCGUCGAAGAGACCAUGGUUUAGUGUACUUUCGAAAGAAAUUUCUGAUACUCCCCAAAAUAUGAGUAUUGAGGAGAAAAAAGCUUUUGGUGGGCUCCCUUCCACACCCGAUCUUAGGAGACCCAGUAGCUCAGUUACUUUUACUCCUGACAAUUAAUUAGUAGUCUGAAACACCACUGCAUAUUUAUUUAUUGUUGAUUUGCUCCAUACUCUGGCUGCCUCACACCGUUAUUAUGCACUUCAGUAUCUUCAUUGUUGCAAUUGCUCUCAAUUAAUACUCCAUUAAUUUAUUACCAACUUUUGAAUGUAUAUAUAUUA